AUGCACACUAAAUUAAGUGAUAUGGAGGUACGCGUAGUGGCGCGACUAAACGAGGAACUCGGCAAGGAUGCCAAUCGCCUACAUCGUGCCGCUGUGCUCAUUGAACAUUACAAGGAACAGCUACAGGACUUGCGACAAGAAUUAAGCUACGAGGAUCCACAAAAUGUGUCCUGCUACAAGUCCGCGUUUCAGUGCCAGCAGCAGGUCUGCGACAGCAUCGAUUUCGAGCUCGAAAAAUUGGCACAAUUCAGUGUGAAACUGAAAAACAAGCUGCAGGAAUGUCAGCCGGCCAUAGCGGGUGUGCAAGAAGAUGUGCAGCAGGUGCGGUAUCUACAGCGACUGACACAGUAUCUGCGACUGGUGAAGGACAUACAGGAAAUAAGCUCUGCACUCUCCAACGCCAUCAACGGCAAGGACGAGGCGAAGCUGGUUAAUAUAUAUCUGACACUAUACGAAGGCAAUGACUGCGAGCAUAGCGUAGUAGGACGGCUUCAGGGUGUGGAGGCUCGUGCACUGAAAUCAUUUGCUGAGCGCACUGCAAUCUAUUGGCACAGGCUGCUUAUGCAGCGUUUAUCCAACGAAUUUGAGGCUGUGCUCAAAUGCAUGCGCUGGGCACACAUAGAGCAACAAACACUCAAUUAUUCGCCCAGUCGUGAUACGGCAAAAGCGCAGCUGCUGGCUGAAUAUAUAUUCCUCAUUAAAUCGCCGGCCGAAGAACAUGAGCCCCUUCAGAGUAUUACGCCAAGCAUUGUGUGUUCCCCAAUCAGUCAAGUGGCACAACUACUAUUGGCACCCUAUCGGCAGCGUUUCAUGUUUCACUUUACGGGCACGCGGCAGACAAACCGACUGGACAAGCCAGAAUGGUUCUACACACAAAUACUCAACUGGGGAAAGGAGACACAUUUCUUUGUGGGUAAAACAUUUCAGCCGGCCGCCAUCAAGGCUGGAAAACUGGACUACAACCUCAGACUGGAAUUCAUGCGCGGUCUGGUCCAACUUGCUAUUGAAAAACUGGCAGUGGACAUUGAGCAAAUUGUUGAUGACGAGAUUCUGUUUGCUCAUCUUCUGGAUGAAACACUGGCUUUUGAGGCAGAGCUGCGCGAAACGUUUGGAUAUCCGGCCAGCUUUCCCAGCGCCAUUUGUGUGCUGACACAGCCCAUGUAUCUGCUUCGCUGGAUUGCACUAGAGGAGCAAUUUUGCGCAGACAAAAUGGACGAAAUACUACAGGCUGAGGAACCCUUUCAGCUCAUAGACCCCAACACCUUCGAGGAUGAUCUGAAAAUACCCAAAUGUGCCGAUCAGUUUAUGCGAUUACUCGACGCCAUUAAGGAUCGGUACUAUGGUCUAAUACAGCCUGGUCAUCAAUUGCAGUUCCUCCAGCUACAGCUGGAGCUUAUCGACAGCUUCCGAAGGCGUCUCGUGCAACUUCACAGCAGCGGUGCCGUUCCCAGCAUAGCUGCUCUCAACGCCCUCAAUUAUCUAAUAAUGGUGCUGCGUGAAUGGGGCGAGAACGUGCAUUACCUGCACCUACAUACGGCUCUGGCCGGACCCAAUGCCACCGAAAUUAACUCUGUGUUCGAGCAUGCAAUCAACGAGCUGGAGCACUGGUCCCAAAAACUAGUGCAUAAUCUGGCCACCAAGGCUGUUAACGAGAUGAAGGCCAGAUCAAUGAGCUAUCGCCACGAUGCAUGGCCCACAAUGCCAGAGCAGAAUAGCAAGGAACCUUUCAUACUCUCACCAAGUGGCGGGGAAAUGUUUCAAGUGCUGGUCACACAACUUCACAAUUUGGAGCGUGAACUUUCCGCUAAUCUGUUUAACCAAACACUGCGUCUGAUGGCCCGACAAAUUGACGAUUUCAUGCUGGACAGCAUGAUUAUGAAUACUAAGUUCGCCCCGGCAGGCGCUGCUCAGUUCAAUUACGAUAUGACGCGUAAUCUGUUCGCGCUGUUCGGUCAAUAUACUCGACGGCCUGAGCUAAUUUUCAAGAAAAUACAUGACUCCAGCAAAUUGCUGACUGCGGCACGGGGCACUGCUUUACUGUUGUUGGAAACGCUGCGCAGCACGCAAUCCGUAGAGGAGAAAACGAAACCGCUGCGUGAACUUGGCGUGGUUAGUCUGGGGAGCAAAGUUUGCAUUGAAGUGUUGGAGCGACGGACGGACAUCAAAAUGUUCUGAGUCAUUAAUGUUGGCAUGUUAGCGUGAAUAAGUGGUGCGGAAUAAAAGUGUUUUGAACAGAAAAUUA